GGUCCACGGGCUGCAGAUGGGCGCUCAGGGCGCCGAAGAUGCUGGCGGGCCGGGGCGAGGCGCCGGCGCGGGAGCUCUUCCGGGACGCGGCGUUCCCCGCCUCCGACUCGUCGCUCUUUUUCAACUUGUCCACACCGCUGGCCCAGUUUCGGGAGGACAUCACGUGGAGGCGGCCCCAGGAAAUUUGUGCCACGCCCCGGCUAUUCCCAGAUAACCCUUGGGAAGGACAGGUGAAGCAGGGGCUGCUGGGCGAUUGCUGGUUCCUGUGUGCCUGCGCCGCCCUGCAGAAGAGUCGGCAUCUCCUGGACCAGGUCUUCCCUCCAGGACAGCCGAGCUGGUCCGACCAGACAUACUGUGGCCUCUUCACCUGUCGAAUUUGGCAGUUUGGAAGAUGGGAGGAGGUGACCAUAGAUGACCGUCUGCCUUGUCUUGCAGGGAGACUCUGCUUCUCCCGCUGCCAGAGAGAGGAUGUGUUCUGGCUUCCCUUACUGGAAAAGGUCUAUGCCAAGGUCUACGGGUCCUAUGAACACCUGUGGGCAGGGCAGGUGGCAGAUGCCCUGGUGGACUUAACUGGUGGCCUGGCAGAGAGGUGGAGCCUGAAGGACUUAGCAGGAACCCGUGGCCAGCAAGACAGACCCCGUGGCUGGGAGCACAGGACGUGUCGGCAGCUGCUCCGCUUGAAGGACCAGUGUCUGAUCAGCUGCUCUGUUCUCAGUCCCCGAGCUGGUGCCAGGGACCUGGGGGCAUUCCAUGCCUUCAUCGUCUCAGAUCUGCGGGAACUCCGGGGACGAGCUGGCCAGGGCAUCCUACUGCUGCGGAUCCUGAACCCUUGGGGCCGGCACUGCUGGCAGGGACUCUGGAGAGAGGGGGGUGAAGGGUGGAGUCAGGUGGAGCCAGCUGAGGGGGCCGAGCUGCUGUCCCAGCUCCAGGACGGGGAGUUCUGGGUGGAGGAAGAGGAGUUCCUCAGGGAAUUUGAGGAGGUCACCGUUGGCUACCCCGUCACAGAGGCCGGCCACCUGCAGAGUCUCUACACAGAGAAGACGCUGUGCCACACGCAGGCGCUGCCUGGUGCCUGGGUCGUGGGGCAGUCAGCUGGAGGUUGCCGGAACAACAGCUGCUUUCCCUGCAACCCCAAGUACUGGCUGAGGCUCUCGGAACCCAGCGAGCUGUGUGUGGCUGUUCUGCAGAGACCCAGGAAGCACCCAGCAGGCAGGGCCCGGGCUCUGGUGGGCCGUGGCCCUGCCCCAUCAAGCCUCCUGGGCAAGGAUCACCAGGUCAAGGACUACCAGGCCGUGGGCCUGCACAUCUGGAAGGUGGAGAAACGGCGGGUCAGCCUGCCCAGAAUCCUGUCCACACCCCCUGUGGCUGGCACUGUGUGUCAUGCAUAUGACCGAGAGGUCCAUCUACACUGUGAGCUCUCCCCUGGCUACUACCUGGCUGUCCCCAGCACCUUCCUGAAGGACAUGCCAGGGCAGUUCCUGCUCCGAGUUUUCUCCACAGGCAAAGUCUCCCUCAGUGCUGUCAGGCCAGCAGCCAAGGGCGCCUCCCCUGGGGCAGCCCUGCCCUCCGGCGAGUGGGAGACCCUGCAGCUGCGGGGCUGCUGGAGAGCAGGCCGGACAGCAGGGGGCAGCAGGAACUUCGCCUCCUACCUCUGCAACCCCUGCCUCCCUUUCUCGGUCCCCGAGGGCUCCAGUCCCCGAUGCAUCCGAAUCACCCUGCACCAGCACUGCCCGCUCAGUGACAGCCAGCUGCAUCCCAUUGGCUUUCAUGUCUUCCAGGAUCCUGGACCCUGGAGGCUGCUCAGGGGAUUCUGGGCAGACACCCAGCCUCACCAUGGAUCUGGCCCCAGCCAGCAAUUUCAGAGAAGCCCUACCCACUGGUGCAACAGGGAGUGAACACACCCAGGAGCCACCCAGGUCAUACCACCUGCCCCUCCCAUGUCACUGAGCGCCCUGGGUGGGACUGGCAAGAGCUGCACCCCAGUGGGGGGCAGUGGAAGUCAGAGCAGCGAUGGCCUGGUCUGGAAGAAGGGGUGUGUGGGGCCAGAGGAGCAGACAGUGGGGUGAGCUGCUCCCGCAACCAGCAGGCAGAGGAGAGGUGGGGGUGCCCUCAGGGAGGCCAGCAGCCCGAGGGUGCCCCUGGAGCUACCGGAGCCUGCAGCUGGGGUCAGCCCUGCACAGGUGAGUCGGGAAGGAGGCAGCCGGGCAAAGUGAUAGUCGCCCCAGUGUCAUUCCAGAGGGCGGCGCAUCAGUCCAGGUCAGCCCUGGGAGGGGUAGGGUCAGGAAGCAGAGGUCAUGCCAAGGGACCUCGCCAUGGGCCAUUCUGGUGACACUGCUGCUCAUGCUUAGCCAUUCCUGCAGGUGGAGGUGGCUCAGGCUCCUGCCAGGGAAGGGCUGAUCAGACCUCACCCGGUGCCUUCCUCAGCCCGGCUCUGUCCUGCCCCUGCUAUAGCCAGCCAGGGGAGGCACACUUAGCAGAUCUGGAAGGGGAGGGAGAGUUCAUGUCUCAGGGUCACAGGCCCUGAGUUCUGUGGGGACAGUUCUGGGGCUCCCAGCCCACACGGAGCUGUGCUUGUCCUGGGAGGACAAUGGCUGAGGAUGUCCUGGGCUAUCGCUGGUGGGAACACAUGGCCUGGCAAGCAGUGACCAAGAGAAGAGAGCGGGAUUUCUGGUAAGAGGGUCGGUGCCUCCCCCGGAGGAGCCACUGAGCCCAGAGAGCUGAGGAAGACACUGGGACCUUGCCCGGUGCUGCGUGCUGUGUGGGCCACCAGGAAGGAGCUCAGACCAAAAUGCCAGUGCCCAGGGGCUGCUGGCCAGAGCACUCUGGGUUGGGGUCUGGGCAGUGGUACGUGCCUACCGCAGAGCUGAUCUGAGGUUCUUGGGCUUGGUGCCACUGCCAGGGCCUUCUGGCAAGGGUGGUCCAACUUCAGUGGGAGGGAGGUUCAGUGUGUGGGCCUGGCACUUGCUCCCCAGAAAAGGGGUGCAUGUGAUUCAGGAGGGCCAGGCAUCAGCAUCUUGGGAUCCAGCAGACUUCAGCUGCUGCUGCCUGGGCAGUGCCCCCAUCCAUACAGCCGCCUCAGGCUGAGCCCUGCACCCUCCAGGUCCCUGCAGGUGGCGAGAGGCAGGGCGCAGGCCCCCUGCUGCUCCAGGAGCCACUGCUGAGCUGUGUGCCACAUCGCUAUGCCCAGGAGGUGA